AUGGAGAAUACACAGCCAUCCAACUCAAUUCUACACCCUCCGCGAAGGAUGCCCCCUUCAAACAAGGUGGCUGUUGUCCUGGUGCGCUACCCCUUCGGCGGCAUAAGGGGCGGAGACUUUCUCAGCAAACAAACCUCUUGCUCGGAAUCCGGGGAAGAGGAGGAGAGCCGGAGACCUGUUGUCGUAACUAUGUCUCCGGAAUUUUUUCGUGCAGGCAGCAGCAGCAGCAGCAGCAAACACUGCACACAUGUUGGAGCAAACGGAAGAGAGAUUGGCCACACUUGGCAGGCCUCGAUUACUCCGUAUGGAUAA